AUGGAAAUGGAUGAGACAAAGUUUGAGCAUGGCUGGACGACAAUAGUCGAAAAAUUUGGACUUCAAAUCAACAGUUGGGUGUUAGAGACAAAUAAGAAGUGUCAUAUGUGGGUUGAGGCAUAUAUGCGUGGACAUUUCUUUGCUGGGAUGAAGAGCACUCAGCGCUCGGAGAGUAUAAAUGCUUAUUUCAAUCCCUUCCUCCAACACAAAUUGAAGCUAUAUGAAUUUGUUAGGCACUAUGAUCGGGCUCUUGCAAGGAUAAGGUAUAACGAGGCUGGAGAUGAUGUUGAAACAAAUAACACUUUUUCAGUAUUGGUUACUCCAUUGCAAGAUAUAGAGAGACAUGGAGCUGAGCUAUUAACCCGAAAUAUAUUUAGAAUGUUCCGUGAUGAAAUCUUAGAAGAGGGGAAGUUGAAUGUCAAUGACGUGUUCCCUUUGCCAGAUGGUCAGAAAUGCUACUAUAUUCAUAACUACAAAGUAAAGGAUAGAUCAUGGAUAGUAACACACAGUCCAGUGGAUGCUGCAAUGAGAUGUUCUUGCAUGAAGUUUGAGUCGUUAGGGCUACCUUGCUGCCACAUGAUAUGUGUUAUGAAAGCCGAAAAUUUAACGCAAAUUUCCCUAACUUGUGUGUUGCAUAGAUGGACAAGGGCUGCAAGCAAGGAUGGCCAGCAAUGGCCUCAACCCUCAAUUGAUAGCACUGUAACAUAG